GCAAGGAGCUAAACGAAUGCAGGCUACGCCUACGUAUUUUCUGUACCGCGCACGGUACCAGGAUCCUUUUGAACCGGCCCUUUACAACAGGACCGACGUUGCGUUUUUCGAGAAUAAGCGCAGGCGCCCGUUCCCUCUCUGUUCCUCCCGACUAUUCAGGGCCGUAGUCUACGCAACAGUCGGCCAGACCGACAACGUAAGAGGCGGCAAGCUAGGUUGGCGGCGGCCAUUUUGUGUCGGGAGGUCGGAGAAGAAAGACGGCGUUGUCUUUCGCGCCGAGCAGUUCCUGCUUCCAUUCGGCCUGCCUGGAGCCUGCGGGAAUCGAGCCCUAGCGGGAGAAAGAAGGGAUAUAGCAGGACAAUAACAACCGCGCUCGGGUCUUCUCAGCGCCGGGACUCCGGUCGUCGCUUUGCUCGCCCACGUAGCCUGGCGCCAGAGGACUCCUUCGGCCUGUGAGGAUGCGAGGCUUUGGAGACCGAGGCCGAGACCGCGACCGCGGCGGGUAAGGAAGGCCGGGGCGGGGAAGGGAGCGGGGCGGCCUCCUCCGGGGAACCCGAGUCUACUGGGCUUCGCCACAGGCAGACAGAAAGCCGCCAGGAGCCGUUUCCCUGUGGCGAUGCUCCUGCGCUGGGAAAUGCUCGUUCCCUGCUGGGCCUCUGCCUGCCUCGUCGCUGCCGCACAGGAAACCCGCCAGGAGAGGAGAGAGGCCGGAGGGCCCUCGGCCCCUGCGGGUGGGAAAGCGAGCUAGAGGAUUUCAUGAACACGCUUCUUCGGGGAAUAAGUUUAUUUGAUCUCGGAUGGUAAUCCUGAGUAAACAUAAGGGGCUACAGUGCGUUAAAAGCUGCUACAUACAUACAUACAUACAUACGUGUGUGUGUGUGUGUGUGUGUGUGUGUGUGUGUAUGCGUUUUGUAGCAAAGCCUACUGGUUUUUCACACUGCUGCACCUGUAAUCCAACAGGUGAAGCUUUCUGCACCACCGCAACUGGGGGAGGAAAGCUUCACCUACUCCUGGCUUCUCUCUUGCCAGGAAUUAAAAGGUUGCAAUAUGGUUGCUGAAUGUAACUAAGCGGAUGGAAAAUGGCGUUGCAAUAUGGAGUCCAAGGUGGGGACAGGGAGGUGCUUAAUGUGGGCCCAUGAGGGGUGGAGAUCUGGGGUAGGAAAUGCGAGGCCGUAGGAGGCGGGAACUAGAGGCUCCCUGGACAAAGUUCGUUUGUGUUCCUCCUCUCUUCCCUUAACUGAUCGGAGGGCAGCAGGCCUCUGAACACAUCUUGCACCAGUCCCAACUCCCGCAGAUUUUAUACUUGUUGAUCACUUUAUUUGAUCCCCAGCAUUGCGUUCCUCCUCUUCCUCUGGGUUAAGGUGGGACACGGUAUUUCCUCUGACUUCAGUGUCACUUUUACAGUGGUAGUAAAGUACUGUAUUGUAAAUUCUAAAGUACAGCUGCAGAGGCAUAGUGCAAUCCUUACCCCAGGGUGAAUUUGUUCAAAUCUGACAGGGUGCUCUAUAAUAAAGUGAUUGCAACCUAAGCUCAUUUUAACUCAGUUGUGAGAAUUUCCUUGUGACUGUAUAAUGCUGUUGUUCAGUGCCUUGUCAUGUUCUUACUUGGGAUAUUUAAGCGCGAGCCUAAUUAUAGAGUGCAUAAACAGAUAGUAUAUGUAUCAUUAUUGGUAUCAGUAUUAUUUUCUUAUGUUGUUAACUUGAGGAGUAUAUGCCGUGGUCCCAAGCACAUUUACUUGUUAUAAGCCCUGUCCAAAUCAAGGAGACAACUUGCAAGUAAAUAUGCUUUGGAUCAGCAUUCAGUUUGAAAGAAUUGGGAUCAGCUGACACAGCUUGUGGUGAUACUGAAAAUGAUAACAACCCCAGGUGUUGCUUCUCCAACCACUGUAAACACUAAUGUGAGUAUUACCUGUGGUAGAAGCAUUGGUGCUGCUGUCAUUGUGCUAGUCUGAUUGAACUGCAUGGGGAUUUGCACAAUUUUACCACAGUUUAUAGAUGUGUGACUUGCUGAUUCAGUGUCACUGAUACUGAGGUUCCAAACACCUCUGCCUGGAAGCACCCUGGCUUUGCAGUCCUAAUCCUGUUUACUCAGAAGUAAGGCCCACUAUGUUAAAUAGGACUUACUUCCCAGUAAGUGAGAAAAUCUGGAAUAAAGUAAUUUUUGAGCGUUCCAUUGCUCAUACAGCUGAUAAGCUAUCUUUAGGCAGCCUACAGCACAGUCCAUAGGUGCUUAAAAGUAAGAUUUGUUCAGUUAGGUUUACUCCCAUAUAAGUAUUGGUUGCAAACCUUUGCACACUUUGGAGUAAACUUCCCUGAACUUGAUAGGACUAGUUUAUGUGUAAAUGUGCUUAGAGUUGCACUGUUAGUGUCAUAAAUGAACUGUUGCAGUUAAAACUGUAUCCUAGUACAUAUGCAUGUUUCCCAUAGCUUGUUGCUAAAUUGUGCAUAAAAUGGUUUGAUUAUAAAGUUACCUUGUUUUUCAUUUUGUUUUCAUGUGUGGAAUUUGAUCUUUCAAAGUUAUGCUCUGUUUUGUUAGAAAGUAAAGUUAAAAAAACUUGCAAAAACAUUUAAAGGUAUGUUUAGAAUUUUUUCAAUGUUUGCUGAUAAUACUUUCUAAAACAUUUAGAUUAAAGUAAUUGCUUUGAAUAUUUUUUGCUGCUUUCCUGCAACAGUAAACAAAUUACAUAGAAUAAGCCAGGGGUCGCCAUCCAGAAUAAAGACAAUCCCUGGAAUAAACAUUUUACCAAUUCUUGCUGUCUUCAGUAUUUCCAGAAGCUGAACUGUUGUUGUUAUGUUAUUGAUAAGCAACAAUACAUCUAUUGCCCCAAGGUCUCAUUUUGUUUAUUUGUUGGUUAAGGAUAUAGUAUAGCAAAUAGAGGGGGGGAAUGUUGCUUUAAUAUAACUUCACUGAGAUUCAGAUUACAGGGAACCAGGCAGAGGGCCUUCUUGUAGUGGCAUCAAUAAGAUGAAAUAGGUGACACUUUCCCCCAUUACAGAAAUGUUUUCUUAGCUUAAUAAUAAAGACGCAAGCAUAUGUUUGUCAAAUACUUUGAAAAAUAACUUCAACUGGAAUCCCCCUCCUCUCCAGGUUUGGCGGUCCGCUUCCUCCUAAAAAAUUUGGAAACCCAGGUGAACGUCUCCGUAAAAAGAAAUGGGACUUGAAUGAAUUGCCUAAGUUUGAAAAAAAUUUCUAUGCUGAACACCCAGAAGUGGCCAGACUUACUCCAGUAAGUUUCAUUUGUUCUUCCUUUUGUGCUUGGUAUACUUGGAAACUUUGCCAGCUUUAAUGCUUCCCAUAUAGAGCGCUAACGCAGAUAUGAAAAUAACUAGAAUUAUUUCUGCCAAUAGCUUUGUCAGCCUGCACAUUGCAGUGGUAAUCUUUUCAUUAACUUACUGCAAUUUAUAAAGUUACUUCUAAUCUAUCUUUUCUGUGAUUACACAAGGCUUGUAAAAAAGCCUACAAAAGUAUUUUAAGCUACUUGCCCAGAAAUAUUUAAGUUAGUAAUUUGUAGCAUAUCAAAUGGCCUAAAUGGUAGCGAGAACAAACAUCUAUUUUAUAAUAUCUGCCCUUCGUAAUUACCUGGGUGCCAGUUUUGCCUAUGCAAGUCUAACUUGUAAUAUAUGUUUAUAUAGGUGAUUUCACCUUAAAACUGUGGCCUGGAUGUUUUUUGAGUUGCAGUGUAUUUUGUUAAAAAUGAACUUCUGGAAUAAAUUUGGUUUCAAGUGUUAAGUGCAUAUCAAUUUUUCUGGCUUGUUUCAAUCCAAGCACAGAAGACUGUUGUGCUCCAAUCUUUGUAGGCCCUGAAGACUUAGUUAUUAAAGGUCAGUUUUACAUAGGCAGUGCCCUUUUGGGUAGGAAAUAUUUUUCUUCUUUACUUGUUGUCUGUCAGAUUCUGGUUCUGUGGAAUUAGUUAUGUAUUAUGAAUUGGAUGCGCUCAAAUUGACUAUUUUUUGUUGAGACUGUAUGUCUUAAUUUCUAAUAUGCAAGUCACCUUGGAAGAAAAUCACUUGGAAAUGUUCUGAAAUUAAGUUUCUCACGUGCUCGUUGACAUUAUUCACAACUCUUCAAGUUGCACCAGUAUGCAAAUAAAGCAUUUUAAAGGAAACUAUCAAUAAGAUGCAAAGCAAGUGGGGAAAAUAACUUGCUAGAUUCUUUAUCUAACCUAAAUUGAAAUAUUGAUGCAGAUGAGGAGUUAUAUGUGACUUACUAGUGUUUCAUUUUUGGAUUAGUAGCAUAUUGAACAUCUUGCAGUUUGGGCAAAGAAUUCACCUGAGAAAACUUUGUUACUAUAAGACUCUGGGUGGUGAAUUCAGUGGGAUUUGCUUCCUCAUAAAUGUAUUCAGGAAUGCAGCUCUAGAGGUUUUUUUGUGGUUUGUGUGUUGUUUUUACUACACGGGAUUUGCGAUCCCCUGAGGUGGAUGCAGUUUUGGACAUGAAUUCUAGUACCUACUUAGCUGUACUUUCAAUAUUUUCUUGAUAAUGGAACUAAUAUGGAGAGAAAUAUUUUAUAAAAAAAAAUCUUAUUCCACCUUUCAGAGUUUAAAAGAUGCGUUGUCUAUCAGGUAGGAUUGUUGGAACAUAAAGCUAAAGCUACAGAGCAUUUUACUUUAAGUGCAAAUGGAUGAUGAUGCAUUGAUAGAAAUGAAGGGAUUAUCUUCUUCGUGACAGCCUUUAAUGUUUUUCAUAACAAUGGAAGGUUAUAUAAAAAUUUAUUUUCACAAGGUUUAUGUGCAAUUUUUACUCUAAACAGUAUGAGGUUGAUGAGCUAAGAAGAAAGAAAGAGAUUACAGUUAGAGGAUCAGAUGUUUGCCCCAAGCCUGUGUUUGCCUUCCACCAGUGUAACUUUCCACGUAAGUAUUCUGCUUUGCAGCUGUGACUAAUGGGAGAUCUUGGAUGACAUCAGUUUUGGGAUGAAAGAGGGUGAAGAAUCUGAAACCUCAUUGACAGAAAUACUGAGGGUGGGAAAUCUGCUGAACUGGAUGUGUUGGGUGAGGUUGAAUGACCAGGUAUACAACUUGGAGUUUCUCCCAGACAACUAGCUGAUUUGCCAUUUGCUCGCUGCACCCCUAUUUGCCAUAGUCAUUGAUGAGCUGAUUACCUCAAGACUAAAUUACUGUCAUGCACUCUUUCUGGGACCACCUUUGAAACAGUUCAGAAGCUUCAGUGGCUUUGGGGGGAAAGCAAUAUGAGCAUAUAACACUGAUUCUUUAUCAGUUGCAUUGAUUCCCAGUGCUCAGGGGCGAAACUAAGCUUUAUUUCACUCAGGUCUAAGACCUAGUUUGGCACCCCCCAUCCAUUGGCAUACACGUUGUUGUUGUUAUUGAAGUCUUUCCCAGGAAGCAAAAUCUGGGUCCCUUAUUGACUGGUUUUAAGCAGCCUCUCAAGACUUGGUCCUUUAAAUCUGCUUUUAAGUGAUAAUGAUGCUGUUCUAUGUUCUUAGUUGUAAUUUUAACAAUCAGUUCUAUUUCUAAAUGAAUUGCUUUUAGUACUUUUAUUGUGAAUUUUGUAUAUGACAACCUUUUAUUUAAAUAAUUUUUAAGUUGGGUACUUCCUUAGCCCUGAAAGGUAGUAUAAAAAUCAAUAAAUCUUCAGUACUUGGCCCCAGAAUGUGAUACUAACAUGUAGCAUUGGUUAAACGGCACACUGUGAAAAUAUAAUUCAUGCAGAAUAUAUGCUGUGCUGUUUUUAAUGUAUGAUUAUAUCUAUGUUUUUAACUUUCAGAGUAUGUAAUGGAUGUCUUGAUUGACCAGCAUUUUACAGAACCAACUCCAAUUCAGUGCCAGGGCUUUCCGUUGGCCCUUAGUGGUCAUGAUAUGGUGGGCAUUGCACAGACUGGCUCUGGAAAGACAUUGGCAGUAUGUAUUUUUAAGUUUUUGUUGAAUUGUUUUUGUCUCCAAAUUCCUUGGGAGGAAAGCACUUACUUUCAAUCACAGUGACAUUAUGCAUCAUUCAUGUGAAAAGAAUAGAACAAAGCUGCUCCUCUCCUGUUACUUCUGCAAGUUACUUCAGCAGUACACCAAGGCUAAGUGCAGAAUUUGGGCAUAUUUUUCCUUUUGUAGCAAACUGUGAACAUCUUGUAAAGAUAGAUAUCUAAAAUUAAACAAGGACAAGGUAAAGGUGUGAUAUUUCAUUAACUUUUCCACAUUUUAUAUCAUGACACCUGAGCCUGUGCAUGUUUGCUCAGAAGUAUCAUAGAGUUGUAAGGGAGCCUGUGGAUCAUCUAGUCCAAACCCCUUCAAUGCAAGUCUCACUUUGUCCUUUGAGACUUAACAUAAUGCUAUCUGCACUUAUCUGGAAGUUAUCAGUCUGAAGCAUCAAUACUAAAUGCUUAUUUGGGCAUGGUCCAUUGUUGUUAAUUGAAGCUGAUAUCAUGGAAGUAGAUUUAGGCUUUUGUGGUGUAUGUUCUUGGAGGGGUUGUAAGAAGUCAGCCGUGUAAUGUUGACUAGCAUCACACUGAGGGGAAUAUUGUCAUAGCUCAUGAGCCUUUUAUUCAGUUGGGCUGUAGCUUACGCUAAGCAUCCUUCGCUUAGCUGAUGGAGUACUUUCAGCUUUCUGUAUUUGGCUUUCUAUGAUUACUGUCUUACUGGCAGAAGCAUCUAAUGCUGCUGAUCCUUGCCUCUAUGCACUUGGUUCAGUGACUAAAACUUGAGAGUACAGCACCCGUGCAUGCCUGAUUAUGGGAACCAUGUUGACCCAUUGCAGUAUUGGUGUACUGCUCCUUUCACCUCCAGGUUGGCUGUUCUCAGAUACAUGAAGAGGUGAAAGCUGUAUAUCUCACUUUUAACUUAAAAUGCGUUUGUGAAUUGGACAGCUGGUAUAUCCACUUUGUGUCUUUAAGCAGUAUAUAGGUAAGAUUUGAGAAGUGACUUUCAUUUUCAUGUCCCUUAAUAUCUUGAUUUAUCCCUGUUUCAGUACUUGCUGCCUGCAAUUGUUCAUAUCAACCACCAGCCAUACUUGGAAAGAGGGGAUGGUCCAAUUGUGAGUAAAUAUUUUUAAUGCUUUUUUUUACAUACAUUUUAUGCUUUCUCAUAUUACAUUUCAGUAAAUCAAAGAGAGCUGUGGGCUUUGCCUCUGAUGUUUAAGCAAUUUACAUAAAACAGUAUUCUCACAGUAUUCUUUGAUGCCUUCUUUUGCAGUGUCUGGUUUUAGCUCCUACCCGAGAGCUGGCCCAGCAAGUCCAGCAGGUAGCCGAUGAUUAUGGUAAAUGUUCAAGGUUGAAGAGUACCUGUAUAUACGGAGGAGCACCCAAAGGUCCUCAAAUCAGAGACUUGGAGAGAGGUAAUUAACAGUGGGCUCGCUUUACGCAGGAUGGUUGUAACAUACUAAUUGUGCAACCCCAAUAUGUGAUUAAAACUUUGUAUGGAUACCUUCUUGGUAGCGUAUUUCAAUUAAUAUAUUUAAAUUAUGUUGGCUGUCUCAUAGGUGAAUGUAUUUUUAAUGAAAGUUGAUGGGUUUUCCCCCCUUUCACUUUCUUUGCUCUGUUUCUUCUUUACUAAAUUUGUUACAGUAAGUGUGCAACUUACAUACAUUUAACUUGUGCGCUUUCAGCUUUAUGUGCUUGAAAAAAAAGAAAAACUAAAUGGAAAUGGGGUGGGCGUCCCGGAAAAAAGACUUUGGCGGUUCCAUCCACCAUUGACCACAAUGUGUUUUGAUGAUAAGUGAUUUUGGCUUUAGGCCUGGUCCCCGGAACAUGACCCCUGCUUAAGUUGUGGGCUUACUGUAUUUAAAAAAUCAACUGAAAUAUUUAUAAAGGCUGAGGAAGUAGAAAUUUGAAGCCUUUGGCUAAGUCUUACAUGAACAGCUUGCGAGCUGUACUAGUGAGGCUUUUCUUUACCAUGCAGACUUUUAAAUAUUGAACUGAAUUGGAAGAUUUCUGUCUGCCUUCAUUAAAAAAACAAAGAGUUGUAUGCAUAGACUGGAUGUAGACUGUUGGCUAAGAAUGUUGAUUGCAAAUUUAAUGUAUGCAGUAUUUCUAUCUAAACUUCUUUAAGAAUUGUAGGCUAAAAGGGCUUCAACUUGAUGCACAUAAAAGUGUUGGCUGUGUACAUAACUGUUGUAUCUUUGAAUUUAGUAUUUGAAUCCUUGGUUAAUAUUAAGUUCCUUUUAUGCUAACUUUCAUCCCCAUCCCAACUUCAUUCCCUGAAGGUGUUGAAAUUUGCAUUGCUACACCCGGACGUCUAAUUGAUUUCUUGGAAGCAGGGAAAACUAAUCUCCGCCGAUGUACAUACCUUGUGCUAGAUGAAGCUGACAGAAUGCUGGAUAUGGGUUUUGAACCUCAGAUUCGUAAAAUUGUUGAUCAGAUACGGGUAUGUAAACCUUCACUGUAUUAGCUUUCCUUAAAUCCCCCCUUUAAAGAAUACCACCCAGCUUAACAUAUAUUCUUUCAGCCUGACAGGCAGACUCUAAUGUGGAGUGCCACUUGGCCAAAGGAGGUGCGCCAGCUUGCUGAGGAUUUCUUGCAUGACUAUGUCCAGAUCAAUGUGGGCAACCUGGAGCUGAGUGCCAAUCAUAAUAUCCUGCAAAUAGUGGACGUGUGCAUGGAGAGCGAAAAAGAUCAUAAGUAUGGAUGCUGCUGUAAUUCCUACAUUUUCUUGUAAAUUAGACUUCCCCUCUCCCCUUUAAAGUAGCAUUAUUUAAGUAUGCCUAUGGCAGUUAGUUAUUCAAGCAGACCCCGGACGUGUAACUAUUUAAUGAUUUUUAUUUGUUUUUAUCCUGCCUUUUGGAUCUUGGACUUUCAGAGCAGUUAAAACAGUGCUCCUUGUUACAGUUCAUGUGAUUAAGGCCAAAAACCUAUAGUUUUAUCCAUAAAACACCCACUGAGCUAAGCGAGUCUUUACUUGUCAUUUAAAUGCUGUGUAUAAUUAAUUUUGAGUGGAUUGAAUAUUGCUGUAAAUGACUUGCCUCAAAUAAUGAUAUGAAAUUAGCUUAUUUUAUGUUUAUAAUUUGUUGUGUGUGUUUUUAUUCGAAGACUAAUCCAACUGAUGGAAGAAAUCAUGGCUGAAAAAGAGAAUAAGACAAUUAUAUUUGUGGAGACAAAAAGACGUUGUGAUGACCUAACUCGAAGGAUGCGUAGAGAUGGGUAGGCCUUCUGCUCUUUCUUUGAACUGAUAAUGUUGCAGAUGAAAAGCUUUAAAGAUGCUUAGGGCUUAAUUUUGUUGCUGCAAAGAUGUUCCUAUAUUUAGCUUGCAAUGAAAUCCAGGUUGCAGAAGGAAUGAUGUGGCUGCCUACUUGGAAACUUAAUGGAUGUAGUACUGUAUUUGAGAAUCCAGUGUACAUGUUUUAAAGAUGUUCAUCAAAACAAUUGUCAAUAAGAUAAAAAGGGAAAACUACUCUUCCAGAAUCUGAGGGGAUAGGUAGGUUGUUGAGGCAGCUCCAGGCAAUGAGAUAGUAAUUAACCACUAGCACUUUAAGUAUGACAAUUAGCUUCUUCGUUUGGAAAUACACACACAGUAAUUGAGUGAUGCAAGUAAAAUAAUAUUGAAGAACAUGCUGUUGUUCCCUAAUGUAUAUUGUUGCCACCCUCACUUGGAACAUUUGCUGGUGCAGUCUCUAGCUUUUGUAGGGGCACAUUGUCCCCCAGAGGUGCAUGUGGCAGCUUAAAACUGUUGAAAACCUUUUGUCUUUGUAGAUGGCCAGCUAUGUGUAUUCAUGGAGACAAGAGUCAACCAGAACGAGAUUGGGUGCUUAAUGGUGAGUAGCAGGAAAAGCUUUCCUGGCUUCCCAGAUAAUAUUUGAUUUUGUGCAUAAGUGAUAUACAAUACAAAAUCAUAAGCUUAUUGAUCUCAUCUAUAUGCUGAACAUGCUUAUUUUUAGCUAUUUGUUGAUUUCAGUAUUUUUACAUGCUUUCCUAAUUGAAAUGCAACAAAACAGAAAAUUAAGUGCAUGCAGUCCUAGUGUGAGUCGAUGUAAAGGUUUCAAGUCUAAUUCUGGAACCAUGAGAGAGAAAGAUCUCUUUAUUAUGUGUGGUUUUUGUGACGUGGCUUUUUUCCUUUCAGAGUUCCGUUCUGGAAAGGCUCCUAUCCUCAUUGCUACGGAUGUUGCAUCUCGUGGGCUAGGUUUGUACACAUGGGCUUCUCUGCCUGCUUCUCAGGUCGUUUCUUUAGAUUUGAAACUUAUUCCAAAGAAUUUUAAAGCGUGACUUUCCCCCACAUGUGAAAUGCCUUUUUUAACAUUGAUCUUUUUUUUUCUUUCAUAUUCAAAAUCUCUUCCUGCUCCUAACAACAGGCUUUGGUCUGCAGCAAGGCCUAGGCAUGACUAAUCGAUCGCCAGUGGGGAGAAGAGACGUCCAAUUACUCAAGCCCAAUUGUUCCACACACCCUCUCAUUUCCAGCUUCAGCUUUGUUGCUGGAUGACUAGGAUUGGACUGCACCCACUAAGUUGUUCAGAAUUACCAGACGGUAGAGCAAACAUCUUUUUAAAAAUCCCUCUCUGUCCAGAUGCAUUACUAAUGUAAUUGCACCUUAGAGACUCACCACUACUAUGGAGCACUGUUUCACAUACAUGAAUGUAACUUGUAUUUUAACACACAAGCAUUAUCCCUCAUUUUCCCACCUAGACUGGAUUGCUGAGGUUAUAUAGUAAAAGCUACAAGGGGUUUCUUGUAGUGUGAUGUAUCUCAGUUUUCUUCAGUGCUGUAAAAAUGGCUGCUUCCGGAUGCUUGGGUAAACAGUCCCGCUUUAAUAUCUGUAUUGUGAUUAAGCUCUGCAUCUCAAUUGGCCAGAAAUGUCAGAUUCUCCAUAUUGUAGAUAUUUUGGAAAUCUGGAAGAGGCCACUCCUGGGAGCUGUUAGUGUUGAAUUUGGUGGACUGGCCCACAGUGGCAGAUCUUGUACCCAAUCAAUGAAAACAAUCCCUCAGGUUCAGAGUGACUUUGUUUAAACAGAGAAUUUUGUCACUUGAAAUGCUUAGUUCCCAAAUGUGAUAAACAUACUAAAAACGUUGGUAGCCUUUAAUCACAUAACCUUCCUUCUCACAUGCCAUCCCCUAAAUUGGAAACACUUCUCUAGAGGUGUUCAUAUGGAUUUCAGUCUCUGUCCUCUGGGGUCAUGUCUGGACCUGUGCAGGUAGAACUUGGGCCUGUUAGGAGAAGGGGUGAGGCCAGAUUUUUUUGGCAGUGGUUUUUAAACAGGCUUGCUGUGUGCUGGUAGCUUCUUUGUGCAUCUUGCCUAGACACUUAAAAUCAGCCCUUCUCAUAUAUAUAUAUUUCCCCAAAACAACUCAUUUGGAUACUAUUUAAGGAAAACAGUCUCCCCGUUCUGCCUUCUCCACUUCACCGAGGCUGGGGGGAAAAGGUACCAGAGUCUGUUUCUUGUUACUAAAGAACAUCUUGGCUUGUUUUGGGGCCCAGAGUUUGCUGCUUAAUAAUACGUAGCUGGCAAACCUCUGGACGAAUUCCUCCAAGUUCCUGGAAAGUGAAGGCUUCUACCUAAAACAUAGAACAGGGGCGCGCACUUUUUGGCUGAGUCACCAGGGUUUUUCCUUCUACUCAAAGGAACAUUGGUCUCAGAAAACUCCUUCCAGGUAAGUUGAGUCCCCCAUAAUGGCUUCUUUAUGAAUAACCCCCAGGAGAGAAGACUUCCCUCUGCACUGUUUUUCAUUAAACACUUCACUCUGUUAAAGUCAAAUCAUUAAAUUUCUUUUUGUUUGUUUUCUUUAACAGAAACUUUAUCAGCUGCCGAUCACUCAGUGCAGGUCUGGGGACAUAUCUACAUUGGUGGUCGAAGCAGCUCUCUAGAUGAAGCGUGUUUGCUAGUUUCUGCCCCUCCCAGUUAAAUGCCCAGUCAUUUUCCGGGGGCAUCUCAGUGUGAAUGCAUCCCCAGGUAGCCAUAUUCCUUUCUAGAAUGAUCAAGAACGGAAUCUCUAUAAUUCCUUGGAAGAAAUACUGUGAUGAGCACAAUUUUACAUCAGUGCAAGAUAGAAUAGUAAGAAAUCAUUUUACUGCAUGUUACCUCCCCUCCCCCACUCAGAUAAUGUGGAUCUGAUACACACCUUUUUAAGGUAGAAAUUGACCCCACCUCUUUUCUCUUCCUUGUUGCCCUUCCAUGGAUUUCCACCAAAAUCCAGUCAUUGAGACCUUCAUUGUUAACUGGCAGUCUCUGUGCUUUCUAACAAGGAUAUGCUUCCUGGUAUUCAUUAUGGCUACCUAACUAAGGGAUGUACAGAAUGGGAUUGGCUGAGGUCCCAUAGCCUGCUGUUUGUCAGACUCCAGUUAAAUCCUAGCUAUGAAGAUGUGAAUGCACUACUUGGUGUGUUACCCUGCCCUUACCCAACUCUUGCCCUUUGAGAUCUUUGCACCAAGGACCCUAGCUGGAGACUCGCGCUGCCCCUGUGAAAUCUUGCCUUCUCACUUUUUGGUGUGAUUCAGGACUUUGGAGUCUGGAAAGAUUGAGGAGCCCCCCCUUGGUGUAAUAAGAAACAGACGUAAUACCCCUUUGCCACCACUACAACCCACUUUUAUUUUUGCCCCUCUCCCCAUCCCUUUAUUUGAAAUUGAUGCAGUCUGGGCAAUAGAUGCAGCCUGACCUUUUGGAUGUAAUUUUUAGCAUCUGCAUUUUUGACAGUUGCCCCCUUUAAGCCCUGUGAGGGGACAACAAGCGUUGGAGGACCUGAAACCUUUACGUGAACCCAGGUUCUCAGGCGCUUGACAGCCAAAUGGGGCUACAGAGAAGCAUCCAUGCCAGUUCACAGAGCGAGCGUGUGUGGGGACUUCUCGCUGCCAUGGACCCUUGAUGCAUGCUCCCCGCGCUCCAGUGGUCCCGUGUCAGAGGGCGGAGUUUUCGAAAGGAGGCCGCCAAAAAUAAAAGGCAAAGAGACGGGAUCGUCUGCAGCGAUUUCCCACAGGAGGAGGGAGUGUGCAUCGGUCUGGUAACAAAACAGGGAAUGUUUCUAAUUUUUACGAGAAAAGUCAAUCUGUGUUUUAUCUUGGAUAUAAUCUGAAUAUUCUCUGUAAAAUGCAGAUUUUUUUUUGUAAGAGCUGUUAAAUUUUAAUGUAAAAUUGCUGUUUAAAAUGUAUUGCAAUUUUUUUUAAAGCAUUACACUAACAUUUACUUAUUUUCUGCCUUUUGCACCUGUGAACUUUAAAAUGUUUCCUCAAAGGUUUUGAAUGUUUAAAUAUUGGGUUAUUCCCAUUGUUCAAGUUAGCUGCAAGCAGUUUAUGCUAGAAAUCUCACCAAGGUAGUCUUGGUGAUAUCAAAUGUUAGUGUGAUAUACCUUUUUAAAGGAGAAUUAAAAUGAUCUGAAUGUCCAUUGGCCAAACUGUACUUCAAAUUUAGAAUUGGGGUAAUUUAUAGAUACCAGGAAGAGGGGGAAUAAAAUAUCUAAGCUAUCAUUUUUGGGGGGAAAGCAUUUCCCCCCCAUUUUUGUAACGAUUGGAAGGUAAGUGGUUUCAGUGUUGCUGGACUUUGUAGACUUCUCCUAACAGAGUUAAAGGCCUGUGGCAGUUCUCUCCUACAUCCAGUCCAGUUGCUGCGUCCAUAAAAAGAAUGGCACAUUUGUUUGAUGACAUGCUGGUGUAAAGUUGCCUGAAUUCCACAAAUGAAAUGUUUGGAGAUUAAUAUUAUUUGUGUGUGUGUUCGUAGCAUGCAUGCAGCAAAGGAUGGAUGAAUUUUAGCGGAAGAAUGAACUGCUUUGACUUGACUUUCUGAAAAUAAAUUAUUUAUGUCCAUGGGCAUAUCUCUCCAUUUAGCCUUUCGCUCUGUUGGGAAGAGUCUGUACUGUCUUUAUUCUUUACAACUAUUAACUUUUUUCUUUUUUCUUGUUACUGUCACCUGCAUUUGUGCUCCCCACCUUCUGUUGGCACAUCCUUCCACCAUAUCCUGUCCUCAACCCCUCACUGUGCUUUGGUUGCUUCACAAAGAUGUGGAAGACGUAAAGUUUGUGAUAAACUACGACUAUCCAAACAGCUCGGAGGAUUAUGUGCACAGAAUCGGCCGUACUGCCCGUAGCACCAACAAAGGCACUGCCUAUACAUUCUUCACACCAGGGAAUUUGAAGCAGGCUAGAGAGCUAAUAAAAGUCCUAGAGGAAGCCAAUCAGGCUAUCAAUCCCAAACUGAUGCAGCUUGUGGACCAUAGAGGAGGUGGUGGAGGAGGAGGUAAGAAGCUUCUUUCUGCAUGUGUGUGUUUUGUUUUUUUGCAGUUUCCAUAUUGGUUGCCUUUAGCUUGCCAGCUACAUUUAAUAGAAUGCUACCAAGCACUGUACCCAGUGCCUUGUCUACUGCCCUGUGCCUGGCAUCACACUGGUGUGCUAGCUCUGACCUCCCAAGAUGUGGUUAUCUGCAAGGAGCCGCUGUGCAUGAGCAACCAAUUGCCUCAUAGGGCUAUCCUGGCAGACAACCACACUCAAUGCAUGGUCAGUGUGAGGUGAGCGGGAAAGUGUGGCAUUGCCCCUACAUGCAAAUGCAAAAAACUCAUGCAUAAGGUUAAGUGUAUAGUGUAAGCUCAGUUGAUCUAGAGCAGGGGUCAGCAACCUUUUUCAGCCGUGGGCCGGUCCACCGUCCCUCAGACCAUUGGUGGGCCGGACUAUGUUUUGGAGGGAAAAAUGAACAAAUUCCUGUGCCCCACAAAUUACCCAGAGAUGCAUUUUAAAUAAAAGCACACAUUCUACUCAUGUAAAUACACCAGGCAGGCCCCACAAAUAACCCAGAGAUGCAUUUUAAAUAAAAGCACACAUUCUACUCAUGUAAAAACACGCUGAUUCCCGGACCAUCCAUGGGCCGGAUUGAGAAAGCAAUUGGGCCACAUCCGGCCCACGGUCCUUAGGUUGCCUACCCCUGAUCUAGAGGGCAUUUAAGUGAGCUUGACACCAUAUUCAUUCAUCUGUACCACCAGGCGGCCGCUCUCGUUACCGUACCAGCAACACCUCCAACAAUCCCAAUCUGAUGUAUCAGGAGGAGUGUGAACGGCGGCUCCGUGGUGUUAAAGAUGGCCGGAGAGACUCGGGCAGCUUCCGAGACCGUGAACGCGGAGAGAGCUUUGCAAACGGAGCCAACAAGGCCUACGGUGGUGCAUAUGGGAGUGCAAAUUCUGCGUUUGGGUCGCAGCAGGGCCAGUAUGGCUAUGCCCAGGGAGCCUAUGGAGCUGCUGCUUACGGUGCAAGUGGCUAUGGGGCAGAAUAUGGUGCCGCUGGCUAUGGCGGAGCAAAUGCUGCCAAUGCCGGGAGAAACUCGCAGAGCACAGGCCAGCAGCAGUAUGCAGGAAUGGGCCGUUCCGGCCAGCAGCCUCAGCCUCUCAUGUCGCAACAGUUUCCUCAGCCUCCAGGCACUAACGUGAUGGGCUAUAUGGGACAGACUGCCAACUACCAGUAUCCACCACCUCCACCACCCCCUCCCCCUGCACGCAAGUGAGACCAUUUGGUUUAUAGGUGACCAGUCAAGACUUGCAAAUAAGAACCUUCUCUUCUCCCCUUUCCCUCACCACCCUUCCAUCCCCAUUGUGGUGUUUUCCCCUAAUGCAGGUUAGAUGUAGAGUUCACUAUCAGAUACUGUCCAUAAACAUUGGCCCCGGUCUACAUUUCCAAUUUUGUUUUUAAAAUUAGAGUUGACUGGAAAACUAACUUCUCUUUACAUGUUUUGGCCUUGCAUGUUAAGAAACCUGAAAUGAUUUUUUUUCUCACCCCCCCUCCAAAAAACACCUACAAGGCAGAUAUGUCCCAGCCCAGUUGUCAUUGUGUCUGAGGCUUGUGUAUGAAAACUUGCUGCAGAGAGGAACAACUUAUCCAUCACAUAGACCACAAGAAAGAUGUUGUGUAAUACUCCUUAACAGAAUAUUUGAGAUGGUGUAAUUUUUGCUUAUUAAAAUUGAGACUUUCCACAAGGACAGUUGAACCUGAGUCCUUGAAUUUGACAUAGGUGGAUUUUGAAAAUAUAAUAAUUGUUUUGACUCGUCUUACAGUUGUUCCAAACCUCUCCACUUUACAGACAGAAAAAAACAAAAACAUUUAAUUUUGGUUAGCAUUUUUGCAGCACCUGGAUGUCUUAUCAACCCUUUGUGUAAGGGAUUUAAAGAAAGUGUGUUAGAAAAAGAGAUUUCUUUUCUGUACUCCCCUGUUUUCAUAACUAAAUCAUUUCAUUCUUAAAGGUUAAUUGGAUUUCUCUGUGGUACUCAAAUUACUACCAGCUAGAUUUUUCAACCAAUAAUAAUAAAACCUUAUGCCUCCCCACCUCAAGUUCCAAAUUGCACUUCAGCAGAAAAUACUGAGGAAAAUUAAGCAGUCACCAUUUACUUGGUGUAUAUGUCCUUAAUAUAACAUCUCUUAUUGGGCAGAUUUCAGGAUCCCACUGUGCUGUGUAAAAUGGUUCAGUUUUUCUGUUUCAAAUUUUGAAGAUUUACUUUAGGCCAAAUGGAAUCUAACCCCCUCUUUAGUGGGGAGGAGGAAGAGAUGGCUAGUAAGUCUUGGAGCUGCAUUCACAUCCUGAUCUGAAUAGGGCUUUCCUUGGCUUUUUGAGUGAGUUUCUUCAACUGUCUUUUACACUCAGCUUUUACAGGUAGGUAGCAUUCUAGGAAAUUUUAGGAAAGGAUGGAACUUUAGUAAACCGUUCCAUUCAAUCUUGUCGAUUUUUUUCCCCAGGCUGAGCAAGGUUGUAGGUUAGUGAGUGGGGAGAGUGGGAUAGAAUUCUUCAAGUACUAAGGCUUAUGUCCUGUGACUAUUAGCAGAAGGGUUGACAAGUAGUUGGCUUUUUUAGUGCAUCACCGGCUAUGUUUGGACAACAUGGCAGGAGAUCACUUGUGUACUGUACUGAUUGAGAGGCAUAAUGUAUGUGCUACAGUGUUUUCUGUUUUGGGAAAUGCAUAGUUCAAAUAAGUACAACAGCCCAGUUACUUUAUUGCAAUGUGGGGCUUGUUUAUUUUUUAAAAAGGGGCUGUUACAUUUGUAUUCCUCAGUAGAGAACAGCCCGGGGUUCGAUAAAACUUUGUCUGCACGCAACAUACAGGUAGGUUCUUGGCACAGACUGUGAGAGGGAAAUUUGCCAGUUCAAAUAGCUCAUGCUUCAUUUGACUUCUGUAAUUGUACACUGGAGAAAUGAGAAGUCUAGUAGUAAGCUUCAAUGCUAAAAAGAUCAGAAAUGAACGUUCAUUUUAGAAACGUAUCAUGGAAUAUCUUGUUAGCACAUGCAGAAUAUUAACAACCAUUGAAUGCUCUGGUAUGUUCUGGCCAUGUCCCACUUGGUGCUGCUUGGUUCCACUUACCAGCUAAAGAGCCCCGUUGACAAAGCGUUUCUCCAGUAAACGUCUUUCGAAAUGCCAGUCCAGCAUCUUCUUCCCUUCCAAAUAAAUUACUGUGUGGGCUUUAAGUUGAAAGAUUUAAACUCUAAACUUUAGAGGCUUUUUGGGUUGGAUCAAUGCUCUGUUUCAACCCUUACUGGUAUUUGAACACAUUCCUGUUGUAUUAACAAAGACUUGAAUGGAAGGAUUCAUAGCUCUGUGGUAUUCAGGCACAGCAUACUAAAAAGCUAUGUUACUAUUAGUUUGUAAAUUGUCCUUUUGAUACCAUCUUGUUUUCUUUUGUAGGUAUGAAUAAAAAUACUUGUCAAUAAAGAUUGACCUCUCUCUCAUUUAAAAGGUAGAACCUCAUAUGCUCUUUUUCCAGUAAGAAAUAUCUAAUUUCUCUAUACAACAAGUAUAGGAAUGAACAUUUUAAUGUCCAUAGUAGGCUGCGUUGGAUUUGUAGCUGAUUGACUGGCUGAACCCAAAGGGUGCUCACUAAUGGUUCCUCAGCGUUGUGGAAAAAACAAGUGGGUGCCACAGGGUUCUCUCCUGGGUCCACAUUGUUGCUCAAGGUCUUUAUAACUGACCUGGAUAGACCAAACUGGGAGGGACAGCUAAUGCUACUGAAGACAAAAUUUGGAUUCAGGAUGAUCGUAACAGAUUGGAGAACUGGGCCCAAACUAACAAAAUGAAUUUCAAGAGGGACAAAUAAGAUUCUGCACUUAGGCAGGAAGAACAAGCUUCACAAAUAGAAGAUGGGGGACACCUGGCUUUACUAGUACAUGUGAAAAAGGUCUUGGGGUCUUAGUGGACCGUAAGCUUGACAUGGGUCAACAAUGUGAUGCAGCAGCCAAAAAGGCUAAUGCUAUUCUAGGCUGCAUCAGCAAAAGUAUAGUGUUCAGAUCAAGGGAAGUAAUAGUUCCACUCUACCUUGCCUUGGUCAGACCCCACCUGGAGUACUGUGUCCACCUCUGGGUUCCACAAUGUAAAAGGGUUGUUGACAAGCUGAAUGUGUGCAGAGGAGGGUAUCCAAGAUUAUCAAGGGUCUGGAAGCAGAGCCUUAUGAGGAAUGGUUAAGUAAGUUGGGAAUGUUUAGCCUGGAAAAGAGAUUUGAUAGUCAUAUUUGAGAGAGAAAUAGAGAUAAUUGUGAGAAAAAUAUACCAAGAGAUACUUCACACUAUUUUAUUUGUUAUAGGCACAGUUCAAACACCAACAAACAUCCCCAUACAAAAGAAAACGUAGAUACUGUUCCAACACUAAAUUAGAAAGUGUUAAGCCUAAAGUGUUAGCCACCUGGACCUCAAAUCUCUCGGGCACAGUCUGCUAGUCACAGUGUAGAGAAGCAGGUAAGUUCUCUGAAUGCGAGCUGAGCCAUAUGGGAAAAAAGCGGAAGAGGACAUCCUCCAGUCCUGGAGCAGGGUCUUCAGGAACUUGCUUCGCUUGUGUGUGUCUUCAGAUAGGCAUUGGGAGGCUCAGCUUCUUGCCUUUUAAUACUAAAUGGGGAAAAUGAAUUAAGACUUAAACUGUUUGUUCUGACAGAAAGGAAUGCCACCUUGCCUCUACCAAAUGCAUUCAUACUGCCAUUUUUAAUGGUGCUUUAAGCUCGUGAAUUACAAAACCCCCCAACAUAGCAAUAAGCGUUUUGCAGGCAACCCCUUUAAGAUGAGAUUCCAUAAACUCUUGUCACCUGUGUACAACAAAUCUUUGUUACUAAUAGCAGCAAGAAACCCUGCACAUGUUACAGUCACAGUGCCUUAGAGUUUCAUGACCUGUGAAGCAGUUAAUAACAGGCUGAAUGAUAAUUAAAAUAGUCCUACGUUAAAAUACUCAAUAAUUUUUGGAGUGUUUUGCAUAGUUUACAGUAUUGGUAAUCUGAGAUGACUCCCCACCCUCAAGAGGCUUCCUCGCACUGCUUUAACACGCAGAGCAUGCUACUCCUAUAGCAAUGUAGAAAUUGUCUUAUAUGCUUGGUAGCUUCUGAGUUGGGUUUAAGUGUUUAAUAUUUCAUGUAAUUUAUUUAUUUAAAAGCAUUGAUCAGCCACUCAACGUUUUAAAAAUCUCUUAAGCAGUAUACAAUAUAAAAAUAGUAUUUUUUAAAAAUAACUCAAUACACAGAAAGCAGAAAAAAAAACAUGUAAAAAAAAUUCAGAGGCUUCAAACACAUAAAAUGGCCCUCUCUUAUGGGUCAUGGAGGGAAGUCUUUUCAAGAUUUUGGAAAGUAGCCGAUGGCUGAUGCUUUACAAAUGGCGUACACUGCUGCUUAAUUCUGAGAGUUUUUUACUGCUGGGGGCCCUCCUGCUGGAGAAUGUGCAAAGCUGCAUUUUUGAACGCCAAUUUUCAGCUCACUGUCCCAUGAUACUCUGCAAGCAGCAGUACCGCAAUCAGAAUUUUCCUAUAUGACCUAGGUGCUCUUGCCCAUCUGUACAGGAUCAGGUGGUCUUUCAGAUAACCACUGUUAAAUGUUUGGGGUGGAAAAGAAAAGCCAACAGGUUCUGUGGAAAGGGGGGUGUGGGGAGAGCAGAGCUAUAGCUGACCUGCCUAAUCUCUGCCACAACUGUGGUCGGUUUCAGCCACUGACUAGCCAGCAUUAUGUGAUCCUUACCUUUCGUGACAUAGAGGUAAAAAAAGUCGCAGUAGAAGAUGGUCUGUACUACUCCAGACACCACAGCAAUUUGAUCGUAGAAGUUCUCUGUGUGGUAGCGCCAGAUCCAGUUUGCAAGGUAGAGAGCGCGAUAGAGGCCCAAGAAGAAAAGGUAGUGUGUUGUGAUAGUUUCAGCUUCACCUGUUUUGCUAAUCAUGAAAAGUUGUGGGAGGAUAGCCACUGAUUCCAGGUAAAUUGAGAAAGUCCAGAGAAUCUAAGGAAAGAAUAAAGGGAAGUCCACGUUAAAUGUUAGUAAUGCAUGAAUCAGUCCAGAGAAAAACAUGACAAUUUUAUUUUUGGCCACCUUUACCUUUCAUCAUUGGGCAAAAGAAAGUUCAGUUCCAGACACCAAAGGUUCAAGGAAACUUGAUGCAAUUACUACCUUCUUCCACUUAAUAUGAAUGGCUUUCUUACCUCUAAUGGGGUGAAACUGUGGUUUUCUAAAAAUGACAGGCCUGUAACUGGAACUAAAAGGAAUUCGAGGCGGAAAGAGUCAUUCUCACUAUCAAAGGUUUUCCGGAAUUUCCCAUAGAUCAGGUACACGGUAAAGUAGGCACAACUUAAGAAAACAACCUGCAGAGGAAUACAAAAAUCAACUUACUUUCUCAUAGUGGAAAUCUGAUUGGUCUGCUCAAACUUUUAGAGCCAUGUCUUUGCUAGAACCCACUAACCUAAGUGUUUGCUGGCUGUUCUUUGGCUGAUUGCAGACAAGAUUCAAUUUGUUGUCAUUACCUUAUAUUUCGCCUAAGGUACUCUGGUUUGGCACCUUUAAUGCACUCUUAAGAUGAUAAGCAGCAGCAUGUAUUUUUUAUGCAUGCGCACACACACACACACACACACACACACACACACACAGCCCAUUAACUACAUCUCUUGUUCUUCCCUAGCCACCCUUGCUUAACCUGCUGUAAGAGUGGCUUUACAAGCCUCAGAAUUGGUGCACCUUGUUCCAAUCAGACUCACUGGGUCAUUACCACUCUGCUCUAGAUUAAGCAAUGGGGAAACAGGGAAGAGGCUUGGCUGCACUGCACAUAUUUAAAAUGUCGUCUUUCUCUGACACAGUCUGCUUUCCCUCCCCAGUACAACAAAAACCUAGUGUGCACUGGCACUAUUCUAUUAGAGCCCUGAGCACUGUUGCUCUCCGUUCGUAAACCAGUUCAUUGUGGCUUUGGGAUGGGAAUGGACUGCCUUGUUCAAUCUCAAUGAAGCAAGGUGCUGAGUGAUUGUAUCACUUUUUUUCUUUAUACAGUGGUACCUCGGGUUACAUACGCUUCAGGUUACAGACUCUGACAACCCAGAAAUAUUACCUUGGGUUAAGAACUUUGCUUCAGGAUAAGAACAGAAAUCGUGCUCCGGCGGCGCGGCAGCAGCAAGAGGCCCCAUUAGCUAAAGUGGUGCUUCAGGUUAAGAACAGACCUCCAGAAUGAAUUAAGUUCUUAACCCGAGGUACCACUGUAAUUGAAAUUCUUUCAGAAAAAUGUUAAUAGAAAACCCUCUACCUCCACUGAAAAUGGCCCUUUUUAAAAGUUAUAAAUCAGGACAUACCAGAAUUGUUCCUAUCUCAGACUGACUAGAUGGAGAGCACUUGAACUCUUGCCCUUACCUUCAUGACAGUAUUAUAGAUGGAGAUGAAGUUUGUGACCAGGUCAAGGUAACGGCUUGUGAAGACAAGUGCAAAAAGGAUCUGGCUCUUUCCCGAGAUACCUGAGGGCCAAAAAAGGAAAUUAAAUGAGCAGAUGAUGAAAAUAAAGAAGCCGGGAGAAAUGCCUGGGCCUUUGGCACUGGCAUAAUAAAUAAGCAAAGUCCUUAGUUGGGUAAGGAAGGUAGCAACUAACCCCACAAGCCACAAACUUCAGAGUUCCCCACAGAGGCGGACUUGAAUCCUCUGGCAGCACAAACACAGCCUGGAGAGGAUCACCCUUCUGCCAAGUGAAGAGGCACAGUCAGAGAACAAAAGGGUGCUGUUUCAGCUUCAACACUCAAGCCAGCUCCACUGCCAAGUGAACUGGAGAACCUGUGGAUGACUUCCCAGGAUCCAGGGUGGGAAGAAAGAUAACCCACGCACCAUCAUUGUAUUGAUGCCCAACACAGAAAAGCAGCAUAAACACAGUGGUUUGUUAAGGAUGUUAACAAUUAUAGGGGUAGACUACAGGAUUCUUUGGGGGAAGCCAUGUGCUUUAAAUGUGUGGUGUGGAUGUGAGCAGUGUUGCCUCUCUUUUCUGAAAGACAAGUUGACCUACAGUAUAUUGUCUGGAAACUUCAGGCAAAUAACAAAAUGAGUGUAGAAAAUAAAUGGUAAUGAAAA